AUGGCCAUUGUUACUUCUGCUGCUGUUUCUAUCCCAUCAUUCACUGGCCUCAAGGCUGGUGGUUCAGCCUCAAAGGCCACCUCAACCGCCAAGAUUUCCACCACCACCACCACCGCUGUCCCUAAGCUCGCCGUGAAGGCCUCCUUGAAGGAUUUUGGUGUGGUGGUUGCCGCCACGGCUGCCAGUGCAAUGCUGGCCAGCAAUGCAAUGGCCAUUGAGGUGUUGCUUGGUGGUGGUGGUGGUGAACUAGCUUUUGUUCCUGGAGAUUUCUCCGUGGCUCCGGGGGAGAAGAUUGUUUUCAAGAACAACGCUGGGUUCCCACACAACGUGGUGUUUGAUGAGGAUGAAGUUCCGACCGGAGUGGACGUGUCUAAGAUAUCCAUGGGCGAAAAUGACCUUCUGAAUGCACCAGGGGAGACUUACUCAGUGACAUUGACUGAGAAGGGAACAUACAGUUUCUACUGUUCACCUCACCAGGGUGCUGGCAUGAUUGGCAAAGUAACUGUCAAUUAA